GAGCUGUCAGUCUGACAGUUUGACCACUAAUGUAUAAGAUUUUUGCCAUCUAUGUUGCAGUAUACCUAUGAAUUGCUAUGAAUAUGUAUAGUUGUUGUUUAUCGUAUUAAAAUGGAUAGCUCAAACGAUUCAAGCUUAUAUAGGUUAGAAGGUACUGACAAAAGUCAAGGUGGAGGUUUAAUUAUCCGCAAAAAGCCUUCUGAUCACACAUUUAAGAAGCCUCAGAUGUCUGUUCUGGGUCUUGAUAAGCUUGCAAAACGAAAAAGACAAGAAAAUGCACAAGAGUCGAAUUCGACAAGAUCACACUCACCGGAUUCAGAGGUUAAAGAAAGAAAAUACAGAUCAUAUGCUGAGGAAACACCAACCCAUACUGGUGGAGUAAAUUCUGAAGCACAAAGAAGAUUAGAAUCUCGACUGAAACAUCAGAGACUAAGUGCUCAGGACAAGCAUCACAGGCAUCAUAGAGAGCAUAGUAGAGACAGCGAUUCUCGAAGAAGAGACAGAAGUAGAGAUAGGGACAGAGAUAGAGAUAGGGAUAGAGAAAGAGAGAAGAGUAGAAGCAGAGGCAGUGUUAGACAAACGCCUUUGAGAUUCAAAGAUGAACCGCAGACGCCAGUAUUUAAAACAAAAGAUCCAACAUCCAGAAGUAAUUGGGACGAUGAUGAAGAUGAAGAACCAAGAAAGUCAAGUUGGGAUCAUCCAACACCGAAUCUUUAUAGCAACAGAGACAGCCGUGAAAGUACUAGAAGUGAAUUCACUCCUUCGUAUAAAUAUAAUUCUUGGAAUAAAGAUAAAGCCAGUGGUGCUACUCCCAUGGUAGACGGAGAAGAAAAAGAGUUGUGGGAAGAAGAACAACAGAGAUUGGACAGGGAAUGGUAUGCCUUAGAUGAUGGAGAGAACCAUGCAUUUGCUGACGUGUCCGAGGAGUAUACACGUAAAAAGGAAAUGGAACUCGAGGCAAAAAGACAAAAACGUCUCUCUGCGCAACAAAGGCAAAUAAAUAAGGAUAAUGAAUUGUGGGAGCGUAAUAGAAUGUUAACAUCUGGAGUUGUAAGUUCAUUAGACCAUGAUGACGAUCCUGAUGAUGAGGGUGAAACUAGAGUGCACCUCUUGGUUCACAAUGUUGUCCCACCAUUUUUAGAUGGUCGAAUUGUAUUCACUAAACAGCCUGAACCUGUAGUACCUGUACGUGAUCCCACUUCUGAUAUGGCUCUUGUUGCAAGGAAAGGUUCAGCAUUAGUACGGGCAUACCGUGAACAGAAAGAGCGGCGUAGAGCUCAGAAAAAACAUUGGGAGCUAGCUGGAACUCAUAUUGGAAACAUUAUGGGUGUUCGUGAUAGGAAUAAAGAAGACAAAGAAGAACCAGGACAAGAGCACGAUUUUAAAGCUGGUCAGAAAUACGCUCGCCACAUAGGAGCUGAUGAAGUUACAGGAGAAGCUAAAUACAGAACUAUUCAACAUCAAAGGAGAAGCCUACCUGUGUUUGCGGUACGCCAAGAACUGUUAAACGUUAUUAGAGAAAACAGUGUUGUAGUUAUAAUUGGAGAAACUGGUAGUGGAAAAACAACACAAUUAACACAAUAUCUCCAUGAAGAUGGAUAUAGCCGUAAUGGAAUAAUUGGGUGCACGCAACCUAGAAGAGUAGCAGCUAUGUCUGUAGCUAAAAGAGUUUCUGAUGAGAUGGCUACUAGCUUAGGAGAUAAAGUUGGCUAUGCUAUUCGUUUUGAAGAUUGUACUUCAAAAGAUACUGUUAUUAAGUAUAUGACUGAUGGUAUUUUAUUGAGAGAAAGUUUAAGAGAAGGAGACUUGGAUCGAUAUAGUGUCAUCAUUAUGGACGAAGCUCACGAGAGAUCUUUAUCUACCGAUGUGUUAUUUGGUUUGCUCAGAGAAGUUGUAGCUAGGAGGCACGAUUUAAAAUUAAUCGUAACAUCCGCUACUAUGGAUUCCAGUAAAUUCUCGGCGUUUUUCGGAAAUGCUGCGACGUUUCAAAUUCCAGGUCGCACAUUCCCAGUAGAAAUAUUACACGCAAAGAACGCAGUAGAUGACUAUGUAGAUGCUGCUGUAAAACAGGUGUUGCAAAUACAUUUACAACCACGUUCUGGCGAUGUAUUGGUAUUCAUGCCUGGUCAAGAAGACAUUGAAGUCACCUGUGAAGCGUUGAAAGAGCGAUUAGCCGAAAUCGAAUCAGCUCCACUACUUUCUAUUCUACCAAUCUAUUCACAAUUACCCUCAGACUUGCAGGCUAAGAUCUUUCAGCGUUCUGAAGGAGGUCUGCGAAAAUGUGUUGUGGCUACCAAUAUCGCAGAAACUUCGUUGACCGUAGACGGUAUUGUAUUCGUCGUUGAUUCUGGAUACUGCAAGCUAAAGGUUUACAAUCCACGAAUUGGUAUGGAUGCUUUACAAGUGUAUCCUGUGUCUAGAGCUAACGCUGAUCAACGAGCUGGAAGAGCAGGACGUACUGGUCCUGGCACAUGUUUUAGAUUAUACACCAGAAGGCAAUACUUAGACGAGUUACUUCUAACUGGAGUCCCAGAAAUACAGCGAACCAAUCUUGCUAACACUGUGUUACUGUUGAAAUCUUUGGGUGUGCAGGAUUUAUUAGCGUUUCAUUUCAUGGAUCCUCCUCCUCAAGACAAUAUAUUGAAUUCGUUGUAUCAGCUAUGGAUCUUGGGCGCUUUGGAUCACACAGGACGUCUUACGCCUUUAGGACGUCAAAUGGCAGAGUUUCCUUUGGACCCUCCCCAGUGCCAAAUGUUAAUAGUGGCUUCCCAACUGGGAUGUACUGCUGACAUACUUAUCAUAGUUUCAAUGUUAUCAGUGCCGUCGAUAUUCUAUAGACCCAAAGGGCGCGAGGAGGAUUCUGAUUCAGCGAGGGAGAAGUUCCAAGUACCAGAAUCCGAUCAUUUGACGUACUUAAACGUAUACAAUCAGUGGAAAACAAAUGGCUAUUCGAGUUCAUGGUGUAACGACCAUUUCAUUCAUGCGAAAGCCAUGCGUAAAGUAAGAGAAGUGCGACAGCAACUUGAAGAGAUUCUAAAGCAGCAGAAAAUGGAGGUUGUGAGCUGUGGCACAGACUGGGAUAUCGUUCGGAAGUGCAUUUGUUCGGCAUAUUUCCACCAAGCAGCCAGACUGAAGGGUAUUGGCGAAUACGUUAAUUGCCGUACCGGAAUGCCAUGCCAUCUCCAUCCAACUUCCGCUUUGUUUGGUAUGGGAUUCACACCGGAUUAUGUGGUGUACCAUGAGCUUGUUAUGACGGCUAAAGAGUACAUGCAGUGUGUCACUGCCGUUGACGGACACUGGCUUGCCGAGUUAGGUCCUAUGUUCUUCAGCGUGAAGGAAACUGGAAGAAGCGGACGAGCGAAGAGACGAAAAGCGAUGCAGCAUUUGCAUGAAAUGGAAGGACAAAUGAAGGAAGCAGAGGAGGAGAUGAAAGCUAGAGCUCAGGAACAACUGGAACGUGAGCAGGCUUCUAUCAGAAAAAAAGAAAUAUUAACACCUGGUAUCAGGGAGCCAGGAACUCCAGCACCUUACCGUAAAACUCCAGGCAGAUUAGGAUUGUAAUUACCAUCUGAAUGUGUAUAUAUGAAGAAUGACGUAUUACACCACUUAUAAUGUUCUUGCAAUGAAAUUACGUGAAUUGUCACGUACUAACUUAUUUUAUUUUACAUAUUGUGAAAAAUAAAAUAUUCAAUAAUACAAA